AUGGAGCUCAGACCACUCGUGGCCCUGCUCGCCUUGUUCGUCGUCGCCGCCGCGGCGGCGGCAACGGAAGUGGAGGUCGGGACGACGGAGACCCAGUGUUCCUACAUCGUGCACGUCGCGCCGGAGCAUGCGCCGGCGCUGCCGCGUCGCGGCCUGCUGACCACCCGCGCGUACGGCACGUUCUUGCGCGACCACAUCCCCGUCGAGAUGUCCAGCCCGACGCCGAGGCUGCUCUACUCCUACUCCCACGCCGCGACCGGCUUCGCGGCCCGCCUCACUGAGCGCCAGGCCGCGCGCCUCGCGUCGUCACCCUCCGUGCUCGCCGUCGUGCCGGACGUCAUGCAGCAGCUGCACACCACGCUCACCCCGGCGUUCCUCGGCCUCUCGGCGUCGUCCGGCUUGCUCCCGGCGUCCAACGGCGCCACGGACAUCGUCAUCGGCGUCAUAGACACCGGCGUGUAUCCCGAGGGCCGACCCUCCUUCGCCGCCGACCCGUCUCUACCGCCGCCGCCCAGCAAGUUCCGCGGCGGCUGCGUCUCCACCCCGUCGUUCAACCGCACCGCGCUCUGCAACAGUAAGCUCGUCGGCGCGAAGGCCUUCUACAAGGGCCAGGAGGCUGCUCUUGGCCGCGCGGUCGGUGAGAUGGAGCUGGAGUCGCCGCUCGACACCAACGGCCAUGGCACCCACACCUCCUCCACCGCCGCCGGCUCUUCCGUCGCCGACGCUGCCUUCUUCGAUUACGCCAAAGGCAGAGCCGUCGGCAUUGCCCCCGGCGCGCGGAUUGCCAUGUAUAAGGCGUGCUGGGAAGGGUGCGCGAGCUCCGACAUUCUCGCUGCUUUUGACGAGGCCAUUGCGGACGGUGUGGACGUCAUCUCUGUGUCGCUCGGCGCCGUCGGCAAGGCCCCGAACUUCUAUGACGAUUUGACCGCGGUCGGCGCGUUCCGUGCCGUCAGCAAGGGCAUCGUCGUCUCCGCCUCCGCGGGGAACUCCGGACCCGGCGAGUCCACCGCCGCCAACAUCGCGCCGUGGUUCCUCACGGUCGGCGCGUCGACCGUCAACCGCCAGUUCCCGGCGGAUGUCGUUCUCGGGAACAACGUGACCUUCACGGGCACUUCCCUCUACGCCGGCGAGCCGCUCGGUGUGACUAAGGUACCGCUGGUAUACGGUGGGGACGUGGGAUCGGCAGCCUGCGUAGAGGGGAAACUCAACGCCACCAUGGUCGCCGGCAAGAUCGUUCUCUGCGAGCCCGGCGUGAAUGCCCGGGCGGAGAAAGGACUAGCCGUCAAGGUCGCCGGUGGCGCCGGAGCAAUCCUGGCAAGCACCGAAGCAUACGGCGAGCAGGCCAUCACCAGCCCCCACAUCCACCCCACCACGGCCGUCGCAUUUGCAUACGCCGAGAAGAUCAAGAAGUACAUAAGCACGCAAAGAUCCCCUACCGCGACGAUCCUGUUCCGCGGCACCGUCGUCAGCUCGACGCCACCUUCUCCCAGAAUGGCGUCCUUCUCCAGCCGCGGGCCCAACGUCCGCGCGCCGGAGAUCUUCAAGCCGGACGUGACCGCGCCCGGCGUGGACAUCCUCGCCGCCUGGACCGGCGCCAACUCGCCCACGGAGCUUGACGUCGACACGAGGCGAGUCCAGUACAACAUCAUCUCGGGCACGUCCAUGUCGUGCCCGCACGUCAGCGGCGUAGCGGCGCUGCUCCGGCAGGCGAGGCCGGAGUGGAGCCCCGCCGCCGUGAAGUCCGCCCUGAUGACCACCGCGUAUAAUGCUGACAACGCCGGCGGCAUCAUCGGCGACAUGUCCACCGGCAACGCGUCCACGCUGUUCGCGCGCGGGGCCGGACACGUUGACCCCAACGGCGCCGUGGACCCUGGACUGGUGUACGACGCCGGCACAGAGGACUACAUCACCUUCCUCUGUGCGCUCGGUUACACCGCCAAGCAGGUCGCCGUGUUCAGCUCCGCCGCCAACUGCUCGACGCGCGCGGUGUCCUCAGUGGGGAACCACAACUACCCGGCCUUUUCGGUGGUGUUCACCUCGAGCAAAUCGGCGGUCGUCACGCAGCGCCGCGUGGUGCGCAACGUCGGCAGCAAUGCCAGCGCCAUGUACAGGGCCAAGGUGAGCAGCCCCGCCGGCGUGCGCCUGACGGUGAACCCGGAACAGCUGCAGUUUAGCGCGGCGCACAAGACGCAGGAGUACAACAUCACCUUCACGCAGGGACCUGGGAGCGUCACUGGGAAGCACACGUUCGGAUCGAUUGUCUGGAGCGACGGCGAGAAGCACACGGUGACGAGCCCCAUCACCGUCACCUGGCCGGCGAGCCUAGUUGCGGAGAUGUGACGUGCGCACGCUGGCGUUUUUAUCUCAUGGCCUAGUCUAUUUCAAGAUUCGUGCUCAUGUCUUGUCUAUCUUCUCACCCAUAUAGCAAGACGUAGGGGUAGCGUUUUUGAUUCCCAAGCUCAGGUGCUCUUCCUAUUUUAAAAAAAAUUAAAAGGUAUUUUUACAAAUUAACAAAACGCUGAAAAUAAUUUUGGAAAUUGUCAGGGAUACAUCUCA